AUUUAUUUAUUGUAAGCUAACUGAUCGUUAAAAUAUUCUUCAUUAAUUACAUUACCAAUUUUGUUAAUUAUUAAACAGUAUGCUAUUGUAAUUAAUUUGAUGCAUGGUAUGAAAACCAUACAUACAACCACUACUCAGUGUUCGAUGUGUCUAAUACUACCAAGACCAAAACGUAGGCAGAAACUGAUACAAGAAAUGUUUCUCUAGUAACUUCAAACCAACUGUCCCGCCUGGUCAUAUUUUCCCAGGAUCUUUUUCUCUGUGAAGUGACCACAUGAAUGACCUGAACAGACUCGAGAAUUGGUUGCUACUGGACACUGGAUAGCAGACCCCGUAGGGUACAAAUUGUUAUCAUAUGACCACCAGAUGGGUACAAAGUGUUUAUACCAGCAGCAGCAACUUAAUCCCCAGAGAACGCGACGUCACAGGCGGCAGCCAAUGAGAUCGCCCGAAACCGUAGGUCCACCGAUUAUCUCGGCAAUGGGUUCUAAUGUCUGAUAGCGCUUGGCGAGCUCGUAGCUAGAUAAGACCUAGAAAAAUUAAAAUAUUACAGUCAAACUGGUCUUCAAAAUGAAUUCUUUAAAUUUGACGUUGUUUGUUUUGUGUUGUUGGAUUACUUUAUACGGUGUGGAGGGAGUUACCUAUCGGCUGUUUUAUCCUUACGGCCCAGAGACGGAAGAUACAAAUCUAAGCCCGUUCGAUGAUAUAAGUUCUAAUGAAGUUUCUCUCAACGUUUCCAUAGCUUAUUUUGACCAAUAUUACCGCACUAUUUAUAUAAACAGUAAUGGACAUUUAUCAUUCGAUUCUGAGAUGCCCGAUUACAGAGCAAGUUCACUGGUUCUACCUAUAGACUUCAACGUUGUAGCAGCGUUUUUAGCAGAUAUAGACAUCUCAGGUGGAAAUGGUGAUAUUUACUACAGAGAAACCUCCUAUCUACCUUUACUACAACGAGCCGCCGCAGACAUCCAGGCCCAUUUUUCAGGCAAGGGUCUAUUUGAGCCCACAUCCUUGUUCAUAGCAACCUGGGACAGAGUCGGAUACUAUCGACAGAAAGGAGAUAAGAGAAACACGUUUCAGAUCGUCUUAGCGUCUGAUGGCAUAGACUCGUUUGCUUUCUUUUAUUACCUUGACAACGGGAUCGAGUGGUUGACAGGGGAGGGCAAGACGCCGCCAACGUACGACCCCCCUGCCCAGGCAGGAUUCAACUUUGAGGACGGGAGGUUUUUAAAAUUGCCUCAGUCCGGAACAACAGUGGCCUUUGUAAAUGAAACCAACGUGAACAUCCCAGGUGCCUGGAUGUUCCAGAUCGGAAACACGGACAACGGGGACGUCAAACCAGCCGAUCUAAACACUGGGGAAGUGAUCAGGAUUCACGAGGUGGAAGCCGCCAUCAGCAGUUGCUUGGAAGGAACUAGACUGUGUCACAUUAAUGCCAAAUGCAUCGACUACGAAUCGGGCUUCUGUUGCGAGUGUCUGCCAUCGUUCUACGGAAACGGCAAGCAGUGUCUGGAGCCCGGGGUGCCUCAGCGUCUUAACGGGAAGGUGUUCGGCUCCAUCAACGGGGUCGAGCUGUACGACCUUGACAUGCACACAUACGUGGUGACCUCUGACGGCAGAGCGUACACCGCCAUCAGUCGCGUGCCGCCACAACUCGGGGUGUCUCUGCAGACGUUGAGUACGAUUGGCGCCAUCAUUGGGUGGAUGUUUGCCGUGCCAACACAUCCAGGGGCGGCCAAUGGUUAUGUUUUUACAGGCGGUGAGUUUAAUCGCACGGCCAUUGUGACCUUUAUGUACCGAAACACCUCCAAGUCCCUGAAGGUAUUUCAAGAGUUCCUUGGCCACGACGCUCUCAACAACUUGCGACUAGAAACUCACGUCAAUGGUGAAAUACCAAUCAUUGCUCCCAACGAGAAGGUUACCGUUGAUGACUACAAAGAAAACUACAGAAGAGUCUCACCAGGCGUCAUCAAGUCCUACUCCACUCGCACGUACCGCAUCAACGACGUGGCCUACCGCUACAACCACGACCAAACGAUCAACUUCAAGGAAUGUCACCACGAGGGCAGGUCGGAACAGAACAUCAUGAGGCUGUCGGUGUCUCGCAACUUCGUCGUCUUCGACAACAGCAACCAAGUGGUCAGGUUCGCCAUGUCCAACAAAGUCAGCAUCCACACAGGAAUCGACCCAUGCCGUGACAGCGCCCAGAACUGUGCCGCCCACUCCGACUGUAUCCCCGAGGGUCAGACAUACAGGUGUGUCUGUCACACGGGAUACGCUGGGGACGGGACUAUCUGUGAAGAUAUUGACGAAUGUCAAAAUGUCAACACUUGUGACAAAAACGCCCGAUGUUUCAAUGUCCAAGGCUCCUUCCGGUGCCAGUGUCACACGGGUUUCCGUGGUGAUGGAUUAUCGUGCGCUAGAGACAUCCAGCUGUGUGGAGACAAGGAGUGCGGGAGCGAGGCUCGCUGUGUCUAUAACGCCGAGCUGAGGACCCCGGUCUGUGAGUGUAACGCGGGAUUCGUGGGGGAUGGUGCCACAUGUAAUAAAAUUGAGUUUGGCUGUAACGAGGUCGACAACUGUCCGUCCAACUCGCAGUGUGUGUACGACAGCGACGAGUUCCACUACAAGUGUGAGUGUGUGGACGGCUUCAGCGGGGACGGAGAGGCUGGCGGCUGUGCUCCAACUGAUGACAGAGAUUGUCGUAACUGUGACGUGAACGCCGAGUGUGUGUACGGAGUGGACAGAUUUGAGUUCAGAUGUCAGUGUAACGCAGGCUUCACUGGCGAUGGAUACACGUGCACUGCACUAGAUGGUUGUGCCUUGUGCAGCCCAAAUGCUGAAUGUUAUUCCGAUCGUCGAAUUGGCGACUACCUGUGUCGUUGUAAACACGGUUACUAUGGUGACGGAAGGUACUGCGAGACGUACGACUGCCGGGUGCAAGAUGUGUGCGACUCGAACGCGGAGUGUCACCCGGAUGUUGCCGCCAAUACAUAUCUGUGUCGGUGCAAGGCUGGCUACAGAGGUGAUGGGCGAAGGUGCGAGGCAGUGGGUUGUAAUGUUCUUAACGACUGCUCCCCUAAUGCCCAGUGUAUCCCCGACCCACGGGACGGUAGUCGCUACAUGUGUAGAUGUAACCCAAGCUUUGAGGGCGACGGACGAGUCUGUAUUCAGAGAAUCGUGCCGUGUAACCAGGUGGACAACUGCCACGAGCGCGCCGAAUGUAUCUACAACCCGGAUGAAAGGUCGUACAGGUGUCGCUGUGGUUACGGAUACGAGGGGGAUGGAUAUCGCUGCACACGACGAGAUGAUGUGCACGACUGUCACCGCGACGCGUCCAUGUGUGACGUGAACGCCGCCUGUCUGUGGAACGUCGACCGCUACGGCUGUGUGUGUAACCAGGGGUACAUUGGAGAUGGCUCCACGUGCAGAGCUUUUGAUGGCACCGGAAACUAUCUAAUAUAUGCUCAAGGAUAUUCCAUCAGCAAAGUUCCGUUUGCCCGUGACGGAAAUUCAUCUGGACAGAUGCUGGUGUACUUACCAGGUCAGCUAGCUGUUGCCGUGACUACCGACUGCUACAGUGGCUACCUCUACUGGACAGACGUGUCUGGAGGACUCAUCAGACGCACUAGGCUGGAUGGAACUGGAAUGGAAACUGUUAUCGCUGGGCUUGUGUCGCCAGAAGGUAUUGCAAUCGAUUGGGUUGGCAGGAACAUCUACUUCACGGACUCUGAGACAGACGUAGUAGCCGUAGCAAGGAUUGACGGCUCCUAUAUGAAAACCCUCUUCCGCGAUAACUUGGUCAACCCACGUGCUAUUGUAGCAGACCCACGGCGUGGGACCAUCUACUGGACGGACUGGAACAGAAGCGCCCCGCAGAUUGAAAAGGCGAACAUGGACGGAACAGAGAGAGAAGUUCUCAUACAAACAGAGCUGGGAUUGCCUAAUGGACUCACUCUCGACCAUAUGACUCAACAACUCUGCUGGGGAGAUGCAGGAACAAAGCGCAUUGAAUGUGCCAGGACUGACGGGCUUGGACGACGAAUUGUCUACGACAAAGCGCCCUACCCGUUUGACGUGACCUUCUUCAACAACGUCAUCUACUGGUCAGACUGGGAAACGAAAGGUAUCGCCAACGUCAAUAAAGAUGGCGGAAGCGUGAAUGACGUCAUACCUCUAGCGAUUGGCGGAAAUGGUAGAACGUACGGCCUGACAGCAGUGAGGGAUCAGUGCCCACGUGUCACCAAUGCCUGUGGCCUAAACAAUGGCGGCUGCCGGUUCCUCUGUCUGCCCUCGCCAGGCGGGGGGCGAACCUGCGAGUGUCCAGAUGACGUGGAUCCCAGGAGGUGCAACGAGGUCGCCUUGCUCAACAAAAAGUGAUCUCGCUGUGCAAUAACAUUGAUCAACACAUUGGUGUAUCUGCUAUUAGUCGUCUCAUUCGUGUUGUGUUUAUUGUUUACAUUGAUUAAAUCUGACCUCAGCGAUCAGUUGGUGAUUCAGUCCAGCGAUACUAAGGUAUCACAGUGCCAAGAGGAGGUUACUAACAAUUGCUGUUUAAAAUUAAUCUCUAUAAACUGUUAUUUUUACUAAUGAUUGCUGAAUAGGAAUAUUUUUUCCAGAAGAUCUUUGAGACAUUUUCAAAAUGUUCUUACAAAAUGCAACGUUUUGUUAAUUUUGACUAAUGUGCCGACAAAUCUGCUUAUUCUUUGUUUUAAAUUCAACAUUUAAUUAGCACAAUGUUAAUGUGUUGUCCUUUCUAAAAGCUGUAUUUCAUCUUCUUAUCCUUACAAAAUGUAACACUUUGUUAAUUCUGUUUACUAUGUGAUUAAGAUUUUUUUUAACAUUUAAUGGGUUCACUACAUCAGAUAUCUCGAUUUUUUUCUUUUCUGACAAAAUUCGACUGUUUAAUUGCCAUUUCUAAAAAACAAUCGAUCUAUGAUUACAUAGUUCACCAGUCUGAACACAACGACUUUCCGUCGAGUUUUCUAUACGUAUUCAGCUAAUUAUCACUGUAAAACACAUAUUUCAAUUGCUAAUUGUCACUGUAAAACACAUAUCUAAAACCAUCAUCAUGCAAUUGUUAGAGAUCGUUUGUUCUUGUAAUGGUAUAAGCAUAUACAGCAAUGCCUUCUUCAAAAUAUGUACGCUUCAAAUACGGAUUCUGCACUCUGUAGUAUUCAUAUCAACAGUUUUGUAUGUUUUUCUUAUUGUCAAGACGACGUAAUGAAAGAGGCCUCGGUGCAGCUACCUUCUGCAUCUACUACUACUACUAGUGUCCAUUCGUUCAAUGGCUAUGCUUUAGACAAUGUUACUUUUACCAUAUGCAUACUAUGAACUAUGGUCAGUGUUGAUUCUUUCACUGAAUAUGUUCUGAACAAAUCAAGCAAAGACGGUAUCGCAUAGUCUAGACGAAUUUUUUAAAUAUAUUUUAGAAUUACAUGUAUCAGUAUUUAUCAAAUAAUACAUACCUUUUAUAAAAUUCAACCAGACUGCUGGAAAGAUUUGUCACUGCACUAGCAUAUAGCUAUUGAUACGAAAAGAAUAAGAAAUAUUACUCCUCAAACAUUUCACAAUACGUUUUGCACUGACGGUUAUAAAACAAAAACAACUUCCUCUUUUCACAAGCGUCAGAAGUUGUUAAACUUUUAAAAAAUAAAUGCAUUUAAUAAUAUUCAGAAAAGUGUCUAGCUGAAAAGUAUAGCGACGUAUGUAUGUGUUUACAUCAUAGAUCAAGGUAAUUCUUGAGGUGAAAUGUCGCCACAAACCUACGAUGUUCAAAUUACUUUUAUACAUUUCAGUGGGAUGUAGGCAAAACAAAAAGAACCCACAGAUUAACCCUUCUCUAUCUGUGCCAAACCUGUAUAUAGUUGUACUGUUUACAAGUAUUGUAUUCAUAUACUUUUUAUAUGUUUGUUUAGUAUUGAGUAUUGUAGAUGAAUAGAUGCUAUAGUCUGAUUUUCCUAAUCAAAUAAACCAUGAUACUUUGUUUCUCAGACUAUACCACGAAGCUCGAAACUGCCAAACAGUAGUAUGCAUGAAGGUCCAAGACGGUAAGGCCAGGUAUGAAGUUGCACAUGAGGAAUGUCCGACGCCAGUUUAAUAUAUAGAGGAUAUUUCAUGUUUUUUGUCAAAUGUGAUUUAUAUCUCAUCUCGUGAAGUUUGCAAUCAUAUCUCACGAGUCGCACUUGCGCAACGAGUGUGAUAUGGUUGCAAACUUCAAGAGAUGAGAUAAAAUCAUAUUUGACAAAAAAACAUGAAAUUUUCUAUUUAUUAUAUAUAUUUUAGUAAUUUACCUUUAUUUUUAAAAUGCCAGCAGCAAAAUAGUUCCGGCUUUCUUACAGUGAAGAUAACCAUUUCUGCAGUGACGAUAACACAUUUUAGAGUGAAAUAGUGAACUUUUCACUCUAAAAUGUGUUAUCGUCACUAAAUGGUAUAUAAUAAAUAUAAAUAUGAUACAAUGUUAUUUUAGUGUCUACAUAAUGUUAUGAAAAUGCUUAACAUAACAAAAUACCGUAUAUAAUAACUUAUGUGGUGAUUCCUUGUAACAUUCGUUCACUGGCUUCCUCGGUGCGAUUUCUGGUUGUUGUUGGUAGCCCUUUUGUGCAUUCUCUGUGUACAUUGUGUGUAAUAUGUUACAAAGCAUGUAUAUUACGGUGCUUGUAUAUUAGUGUAUUGUAUAGUACCCGUAUCAGCGUCAUGUAGUAUUUAAUUUUAAAAUGGCUACGUUAAGAAAUCUCUACCUAUUGUAUACAUUACAUGUGUUUUUCUUGAAGUCUAUACUCGCACUUUUGUUUACAACAGAUAGAAACGUUUUAGUAACUAAAACUCAUACAUUUUCUUAGCAUGUUUCGUCUUUAUGUGCAGUUUUCGAAACUGGCAUAAACUUUUAUAAUUUCUUAUCUUUUGUAUGAUAAAUAUGACAUAAAUUGUUGAACUACA